AUGAGUCAAAACAACGCGCAAGAAUCACCUUCUCCAUCACCAAGGAAGACCAUGUCUCCUCCACAGCCUCAUGACUCAUCACCCAAAGUAAAUGAUGAUUCAUUGAUACCAUCAUUGGAUGAGAGGAUAACAACGGGUACCAACAUCACUGAUGUUACUCGAAACAGUGAGUCGGAUCCUAAGAGUCAAAUAAUUAUUGAAAAUAUGAAACAACAACCAAUUCCGAUGAUGAAAGACAAGUCUAUUUUUUUGAAUGCUUCAGAGCAAAGUAAUGACGACCAUUUCUUGCCAACAACAUCAAACGAAGAUGCUAGUUUUGAGGAAGAAGCUUCCCAAGACAUUUUACCAAGUUAUCAUGAAGGCCAAAACACAACAGAUUCGCCGUAUAUUGAAACAAUUACUUCACCUUUUGAAAUGAAAGUUGUAGACCUUCCCAAGGUACAAUCAUCUAUGAAUGUACAACAUGAUGUUUAUGAUGAUUAUCGAGAUGACAGUGAUGAUGAUUAUGUCGUGGAUUUUAAAUCUGUUAAUGGAAAUGAAUUAAUAAUUCCUUCAAAAUUUAGUGCAAUUCCAAACACAAAGGUCGUUCCUGCGAAGAAUAUUACAAAUGCAUCCACACCCCGAGAACCCCUUAAAACACCAGUUUUCGAUCUUUCUCAAACACUUGCAUCCAUUGGAAGUAGUGCCUUUGCUGGUGCUUCAGCAAAGGUCUCCUCUAGCGCAAACAGCAGCACAAAUUUUAUGUCAUACACACAUGAAUUGGAUGACGAUUUGGAGUCAGCAAGUCACAAAAAUUUAGUAGGGGAAACCCUUUCGAGAACAUCAUCUUUUAAUGAUUUAGAGUCUUUGGAAACUCAAUCAUCAGUUUCUGAUCUUUACUCUUACUCUGAGCAGACUUCUUCCCAGACAUCAUUUAAUCAUUUGUCAUCAGAACAAAAACGUUUAGCAAAGAAUGAAUUUUCGAAAAAGCCAAUUUAUUUAGAAAAAAGCCCUAUUCCCAUGUUGCCUUCAACAAAACGGAAAGUAAAACACUGGCUUUUUAAAAGAGCAAAAAAAGGAACUUCAACAGAUGUGCAAGAGGAGGAGGUGAUACCACAAAAUCAGUCAAUGAUUGAAAAGGUUAAAAAAGCAAUUCUUUGGUGUGUCACUGGAAAAUUUGAAAUUGAAAAAAGAUAUUCUGUCCCUUAUCAGAAAUUAACAAGAGAAGAGAAGGAUAGAGUGCAUUCUUUAUUACUUGACCUGGGUUAUGCUCUUUCUAUUUAUGGACUUCCUUCAAACCGAGUGGAAUACCACUUGACUUUAGUGAGUACAUAUUUUGGAAUGGAUGGCUAUUUCUUUUGUAUACCUACUGGAAUAUGGUAUAGUUUUGGAACAAAGCCAAGAGACCCUUCCAAUGUUUCCUAUUUUGUAAAACUUGAAAGCCAAACAACAGAUUUGAACAAAUUAAUCAAGUUAGAUCAAAUUGCUCAUGACAUAUCCGACGGUAUUUUGCCAUUAGAGCAGGCUCAGCAAAAAAUUAGUGAUGUCAUUGUUGAACCACCAAUUUACUCUCACCCCAUGUUCACUGUGUUCAACAUGUUUGUUUUCUGUGGAUUCUAUGUGAUGUUAUGGAAUGGAACUGUAGGAGAGGUUUUAACAUGCUUCAUUGGUGGAAUAAUUAUUGGUAUUUUGAUGGUGUUUGGCUCUCGUGUUGCAUUUUUCUCAAAUAUUUCUGUAAUUGUUGCAAGUGUGGUUGGAGGGCUUUGCGGAAUUAUUUUCAAAUUUAUUUUGUGGGAUGUAAGCUAUGUGAGCGUGGUACUGAUUUGUUUGUGCCUUAGUUUUUACUAUCUGCCUGGAGUAACAAUUAUGAUAGCCAUUAACGAAAUUCAGGCGAGGUCUCUUGUUUCUGGUACAUCAAGAUUAGUUAGUGCAUUUUCAACAGUGUUGAAACUUGGAUUUGGAUUAUUAAUAACAAAUGGUAUUGUCAGCGCAUUUCCUGCAUUUGCAGAGAGUGAAAAAGCUGGUACUCAACGAACUGAGCUUUCUCUUCCAAUGCGUGUUGUGGCAAUUAUUGUUCUUGCUAUUGGUAUUGCGAUUGACUCUAAGGUACCAAAAUACUUUUUCACCUAUGUUUAUUUGGUAAUUGUCACACUUGCGGUACACUUGACUGCUUACUAUUCGAGUAACGUUCUUGGCAUGGAGCUUGGAACAGUUAUGGCUGGAACAGUGACCGGAAUUGGAAGCAAUAUUUAUUCUCUUAUUACAAACCAUCCACCCUUGCUCAUUAACUCGGUUGCGACACUUUUACUUGUUCCUGGAUCUCUUUCAUGGAGAGGAUUCUCUGCGUUUUUAUCAAAAGACAGUGCAACAGGUAUCAAUUUGAUCUUUGAAGUAUUUUUGAUUGGAAUGGCAAUAUUUUGUAAGUAA